GGAAUCCUCAAUGCAUUUGCUCACCAUUAUUUAAGGAGCCUUUAAUAAAAGCUUCUGGAUUGUGUUUCUGAGCAGACAAAAGAUUUUUGUAUUCAAAAUGCUCAUAAAGGAAUAUUUUUUCUUCCGAUGAGUGUGGAAGAAUAUCGAAUUGCGCAGCUGUACAUGAUACAGAAAAAGAGCAGAGAGGAGACAUGUGGGGAAGGCAGUGGAGUAGAGAUCUUGGAGAACAGGCCGUACAUGGAUGGACCAGGAGGCAACGGGCAGUAUACUCACAAAGUGUACCACAUUGGUAUGCACAUACCCAGCUGGUUUCGGUCAAUAUUGCCCAAGGCAGCUCUGCGAGUCGAAGAGGAGUCAUGGAAUGCCUACCCUUAUACAAGGACAAGGUAUACGUGUCCUUUUGUGGAGAAGUUCUCUAUUGAUAUUGAGACCUACUACAAAACUGAUCCAGGAGAGCAUGUCAACGUGUUCAACCUUUCUCCUGCAGAAAAAAGACAAACCAUUCUAGAUCCUAUUGAUAUUGUUAAAGAUCCUAUCCCUCCACAUGAAUACAAAGCUGAGGAGGAUCCAAAGCUCUAUAAAUCAGUGAAGACUAAAAGAGGCCCCCUCUCAGAAGACUGGAUUCAAGAGUACAAGAACAACCCUGGGAAAUACCCCAUCAUGUGUGCAUAUAAACUGUGUAAAGUCGAGUUCAGAUACUGGGGGAUGCAGUCAAAAAUCGAGCGAUUUAUCCAUGAUGUUGGCUUGCGGAAGGUCAUGGUCCGUGCCCAUCGGCAGGCUUGGUGCUGGCAGGACGAGUGGUAUGGGCUCACUAUUGAGGAUAUCCGGCAGCUGGAGAAAGAAGCUCAGCUGAUGCUGGCUCAGAAGAUGGCCCAAUUCUGCAGUGAAAAUGAUACUGAGCAGCACGGUGUCAAAGACACUCCUGGUGAGAAGGAUGUUGAAGCCAAUGCAGUUUCUCCUGUUGACACAGAGGAUACCACUGGUAACAGCGAAACAGCCUCUGGGAGGUCGCUCACCAAGCAGUGGUCCACGUCUUCCAAGUCCUCACGAUCUUCAAAGAGAGGAGCAAGUCCCUCACGCCAUAGUAUCUCCGAGUGGAGGAUGCAGAGCAUUGCCAGGGAUUCAGAUGACAGCUCAGAUGAUGAAUUCUUUGAUGCACAUGAGGACUUGUCUGACAAUGAGGAAAUGUUCCCGAAAGAAAUAACCAAAUGGAGUUCCAAUGAUCUGAUGGAUAAAAUUGAAACCCCUGAAUGCGAUGAUGUCCAGGGUGAUUUGUAUCACGAGACAUCAGCAGAGUACCACGUUGGCUCCAGUGUGGAGAGGCUCAGCAUCAUUGAAGAUGAAUCAGUGCAGCCAUUAAUGCAGCCAAGUAAAAUCCAUGUCCUCCUCUUGGUACUUCACGGAGGGAACAUCCUGGACUCAGGAAGUGGUGACCAGAGCUCUAAGCAAGGGGAUGUCAACACCAUCACGACAGUGUUUGACACAGUGAUGAGGGUACAUUACCCAGCUGCUCUUGGACACAUUGCCAUCAGGCUAGUCCCUUGCCCAGCCAUCUGCUCCGAAGCAUUUUCCCUGGUGUCCAGCCUCAGCCCAUACAGUUAUGACGAAGGCUGCCUGUCCAACAGCCAGGACCACAUUCCCCUUGCUGCGCUCCCUCUGCUAGCAACAUCAUCCCCGCAGUACCAAGAGGCGGUAGCCACAGUCAUUGUCAGAGCCAACCAGGCCUACAGCGAGUUCAUCAGAUCCCAGGAGGGCAUGUCAUUCAAUGGCCAGGUCUGCUUGGUAGGGGACUGUGUUGGAGGAAUCCUGGGAUUUGAUGCCUUAUGCUACAGCAAUCAGACUGUGUCCGAGAGCCAGAACAGCAGUCGGCGAGGAAGCGUUGUGAGUGUCCAGGAUACCGACCUCCUGUCUCCUGGAAUAACGGUGAACAACAGCUAUUGUUCCAGUGGCUCUAAUCUGGAAGCCAGCAGACACCUCAGCCGGAGCAACAUUGAUAUUCCCCGUAGCAACGGAGAAGAUCCAAAGAAGCAGCUGCCACGAAAAAGGAGUGAUUCAUCAACCUAUGAACUGGACACGAUAAAGCAGCAUCAAGCCUUUCUUUCAAGUUUACAUUCUAGUGUGCUCAGAAAUGACCCAGGAUCCAGGCGGUCUAGUAGCUCUACGAUGUUGGAUGGAGGAAAUAUUGGAAAGUUUGAAUUUGAGAUCACUGACUUCUUCCUCUUUGGUUCUCCCUUGGGUCUGGUUCUUGCAUUGCGAAAAACUGUCAUUCCAGCUCUUGACAUCUUUCAGCUCAGACCAGCUUGUCAGCAGGUCUAUAACCUGUUCCACCCUGCAGACCCAUCUGCUUCACGCCUCGAGCCUCUUCUGGAGAGGAGGUUCUACCUUUUGCCCCCCUUUAAUAUUCCCCGCUACCAGAGGUUCCCACUGGGUGAUGGCAAUUCUGCUGUUCUGGUUGAGACAAUCCAGAACAAUCCCAUCCUCCUCAUGGAAAGUAGCCCUCUGGGUGCUCUCCAGCACCAGGACAGCUUCAUGGAAACAAGUAUCCCCGUUCCCGUACUGAAUUGGCAAGAUGUUUCCAAUAAAAGUGCUGGUUUUGCUGAGUCAGAUGUUGUUCAGUCUCAUGGUGCCGUCUUCAUGGAAAGCGCGUCCCUGUCCACCCCCAUUUCAGCCCCUCAGUUCAGGGGCUUCCGGAGAGCCAGUGAGAUCAGCAUUGCCAGCCAGGUCUCAGGAAUGGCAGACAGUUACACUGCUUCCAACAUAGCCAACAUUGCUGCCAAGUGGUGGGGAACCAAAAGGAUUGACUACGCUCUCUACUGUCCUGACGCUCUGACGGCUUUCCCAACGGUCGCCUUGCCGCACCUCUUCCACGCAAGCUACUGGGAGUCCACNNCCUUCACAGGAUCUGUCCUCCCGCAGGUGAUGAGGCACGAGAACUCGAGCGUUUUGGAGCUGGAUGGGAAGGAGGUGUCUGUCUUCACCCCCUCCAAGCCCCGCGAGAAGUGGCUCCGCAAGAGGACGCACGUGAAGCUCCGGAACGUCACAGCCAACCACAGGAUAAACGACACCAUCGCCAAUGAAGAUGGGCCCCAGACCUUAACUGGAAGGUUUAUGUACGGUCCGUUAGAUAUGGUGACACUCACAGGAGAAAAGGUGGACAUUCACAUCAUGACCCAGCCACCGUCAGGAGAGUGGGUUUAUUUUGACACAGAGAUCAGCAACAGCAGUGGCAGGAUUUCUUAUGUCAUCCCUGAGAACCGGCGCCUGGGCAUUGGCGUGUACCCCGUGAAGAUGGUGGUCAGGGGCGACCACACAUACGCAGACAGCUACAUCACGGUCCUGCCGAAGGGGACGGAGUUUGUGGUGUUCAGCAUCGACGGCUCCUUUGCAGCCAGCGUAUCCAUCAUGGGCAGCGACCCCAAAGUCCGCGCCGGAGCGGUCGAUGUUGUAAGGCACUGGCAAGACCUCGGCUACCUCAUUAUCUAUGUCACGGGCCGCCCCGACAUGCAGAAGCAGAGGGUGGUAGCGUGGUUAGCACAGCACAACUUCCCCCAUGGGAUCGUCUCCUUCUGUGAUGGGCUCGUUCACGACCCGCUGCGGCACAAGGCCAACUUCCUGAAAUCCCUCAUCACGGACCUCCACAUGAGGAUCCACGCGGCAUACGGAUCUACUAAGGACAUCUCUGUGUACAGCUCCAUCAGCCUCCCGCCCACGCACAUCUACAUCGUUGGCCGACCCACCAAGAAGCUGCAGAGCCAGUGUCAGUUCAUCACGGAGGGGUACGCGGCCCACCUGGCCCAGCUGGAGUACAACCACCGCUCGCGCCCCGCCAAGAACACCACGCGCAUGGCGCUGCGGAAAGGCAGCUUCGGGCUGCCCAGCCAGACCGAGUUCCUGCGCAAGAGGAAUCACCUGCUGCGGACCAUCUCCUCCCAGCCUUCGGCCACCGGUGGCCACCGUCCCGAGCGCACCCAGAGCCAAUCCGAUAGCGACAAGGAGAGGGACAGGGAACGCAGCCAAAGAAGCAUGAGCAUCGCCACAGGGUGCUGGGGCCGGAGCGCAGCGUCCCGGCUGGAAUCUGGCCUCUUGGGGCAGAAGUAG